GCGUCUCGGUCUCCCUCUUCUUCACGAUGAUACCUACGCCAGAUGCGUUGGGAUCGUUGUCUUUCUUUACCUCAGGGCUUCCCUCUCCCUCUACCGACAUUCAUUCAAUAUUGCACCCUUCUUUUAUCCUAUAAUUGCCACUCCUACUCUAUUACUUCCGCGACUUUGACCAAGACACAGUCAUUUGUCAUUUAUUUAAUGUACGCACACCCACAAUAUCUCUCUCUCAUGUAGUCCCACCGCCCUCUCUCUCUCUCACAGGGUACAAGUUUUUGAAGCAGUGAUUAAAAAAGCGGGAGUAAUUAAUUAUUUGUUGGGAAUCCAGUGGUGCAGUUUAGUCUCCACCAUGCCUAUUUGAUUCAGUCAGUUGCUUCCCCAGUGCAGUUGGUAUGCACAUGAUACGCCCCUCGCCCUCUGUACAAUUUGGAAAAUUCAGAGAGAGAGAGAGGGGCAAAUGGCAGCAGCUUCAUCAUCAUCUUCUUCACGAACACUGGAACAGACACCAACAUGGGCUUUUGCCUCUGUGUUCUUUGCCUUCAUCUCCAUUUCCUUGAUCAUGGAGCAUUGCAUCCAGCACCUAGGCCAUUGGCUAACGAGGCAUCGUAAGAAGGCCCUAAAUGAGGCUCUUGAGAAGCUCAAAUCAGAGCUCAUGCUCUUGGGCUUCAUAUCUCUCUUGUUAGGAGUGGCUCAGGGUACCCUUUCACGUAUUUGUAUACCCACCAGUAUUUCAGAUACCAUGCUUCCCUGCAAGAAAACCAAUAGCACCACCACCGCUCUCCCCCACGACGUCACUGGAAGGAGACUAUUACUCUCAUACCUCGGAGGAGGAGGAGACAUGAGCAGCUCCCACAGGCGAGAAUUGGCCGGAACAAUGGCCUACGACCACUGCGAAGCAAGAGGAAUGGUGUCUUUGGUGAGUCAAGAUGGUAUACAUCAUCUUCACAUAUUUAUCUUUGUCUUGGCCGUGAUUCAUGUAAUUUACAGCCUUGUAACAAUGGGACUUGGAAGAUUAAAGAUGCGACGGUGGAAAGCAUGGGAGAAGGAAACUCAGUCAACAUGGUAUCAAGCAUCAAAUGAUCCUGAACGUUUUCGAUACUUCAGACAAACAACAUUUGCAAGACGACACAUAAUUUCAUGGACUGAAACCACCAUUCACCUUUGGAUUAAAUGUUUCUUUAGGCAAUUUUAUAGCUCAGUUGCGAAGGUCGACUAUCUUACCCUGCGCCAUGGCUUUAUUUCAGCCCACUUGCCCAACACAAAUGGUGUAUUUAAUUUUCAAAAGUACAUAAAAAGAUCCCUCGAUGAUGAUUUCAAAGUAGUGGUGGGUAUCAGUCCAACCAUGUGGUUUUUGGUUGUGAUCUUCAUGCUUCUCAACGUACAUGGAUGGAACUUAUACUUUUGGUUGUCUAUUGUCCCACUUAUUUUGGUUUUGUACGUGGGAACUAAUCUGGAGGUGGUUGUUGUAAGAAUGGCCCUUCAACUCCAAGAAGAAAGUGUGUUUAUUAAAGGGACCCCACUUGUGCAACCUAACGAUAAUCUCUUCCCUUUUGGACGACCUCAAUUGGUUUUGCAUCUCAUUCAUUUCACUCUCUUUCAGAAUGCAUUUGAGAUGGCUUUUUUCAUUUGGACAUGUUACGAGUAUGGAGUGCGAUCAUGCUACCAUGAGAGGCUAGCAAUUAUCAUCAUAAGAGUUGUUAUAACGGUAAUUGUGCAAUUUAUGUGCAGCUACAUCACUCUCCCCCUUUAUGCUCUUGUAACACAGAUGGGAUCGCAGUAUAAGAAAUCCAUAUUCGAAGCGCAAACAGCAAACGCUCUUAUCCGAUGGCACAAGGGUGUUAGGCAGAAGAAGCAGCAACCAUCGUCACCUCAAAAUCCAUCAGUUACACCCCCAAUUGUUGGCUCCUCCCCUGAUAAAUUAUCUCUGGUUCUCGAAUCAAAGGCCUUGAAUAAUUUUGAAAAACCAUCACCUAUAUCUGUGACUAUGCCUCUGGGGCCAAUGCAAGACGAACACAAUUCAAAUAACACACCCUCCUCAUCAGAAAUUACCGACUUGCAUCCAGAAGUUCCAAUCCAAACUUUAGGUGUUGAUAAGCUCAAAAGAUGAGUCGAAUCAUCUUAUAAGAGUGUUAAUUCACUCACCAUAUUAAUCACCUUGACAUUGUAGACACAACACAAAUCCAUUUUGUUCCAUCGAGCUUGUUAUAAAUGUUGGCAACAUAUCACUUCAAGAUUACCAUCACCCCACUUCACAUGUUUUUAUUAUGCAAGUGUGUGGCUCAAGGUCAUAUUAAUUGGUUCAUGUACAAGGGACAUUCCUAAGGUGGUUAAAUGCAAUAUUAAGAAUAGACUCAAACACUAGGUGGUCAGGGUAGCGGGCCGCAAGAAUGUGACAUCUUGAGCUCCAUUCUUACGACCGGUAGGAGACUAUUCUAUGUUGAACUACCAAAAAAAAGAAAAUACAAGUACAAGAUACAAGCAUCCAGUCAAAACCCCAUAUAACUUGUGGCUCCAGUAAAGAAAUGUACCUUGAAUUGUUAAAUAGUGCUUGUGAAAAAACGAAAGGGGAAUUUCACAUUAGAAUGUAUCUUUAUAUAUGAAAGACGAUUUUAUGUUGCA